UUGCAUCCCUUUUUCCCAAAUAGACCCGGAUAUGAUGUGCCCCCUUCUUCUUAUUUUUUGCAGGGCUGGAUGGGCAAUGCCCAGGCCAUGGACGAGCCCAGCAUCCUCAGGAGGAGGGGGCUGCAGAAGGAGCUGAGCCUGCCGCGCCGAGGAAAGACCUGCCGGAGUGGCAACCGGAAGAGCCUGGUGGUGGGGACCCCUUCGCCCACUCUCUCCCGACCCCUCUCCCCGCUUUCGGUGCCGACAGCCUGCAACAGCCCAGGGGAUAGUCCACGCACCUUCCCGGCCGGAGCCUCCGCCAGCUUCCCAUUUGCCCGCAGCCAUGCUCCGCGGACUGACAGGUCCGAUGGCCGCCGCUGGUCGCUGGCUUCGUUGCCCUCCUCCGGCUAUGGGACCAACACCCCCAGUUCAACCGUUUCGUCCUCGUCCUCGUCCUCGCAAGAGCGCCUGCACCAGCUCCCCUACCAGCCCACGCUGGACGAGCUCCACUUCCUCUCGAAGCAUUUCCGCAGCACCGAGAGCGUCGCCGGCGUGGAAGAUGGCCGCCGCUCCCCUUGCUUCCGACCGCGCUCCCGGAGCCUGAGCCCCGGCCGCACGACCGGCACCUUCGACAACGAGGUGGUGAUGAUGAACCAUGUCUACAAGGAACGCUUCCCGAAGGCGACGGCGCAGAUGGAGGAGCGCCUGGCGGAGACGGUGGCCGGCUUCUCGCCCAGCCUGCCGCUCUCGGACGGCGUGUUGGGCUUCAUCCACCACCAGAUUGUGGAGCUGGCUCGCGACUGCCUGGCCAAGUCCCAGGGCGCCCUGGUCACCUCCCGCUACUUCAUGGAGCUCCAGGAGAAGCUGGAGAAGAUGCUGCGGGACGCGCAAGAACGUUCGGAGAGCGAGGAGUUGCGCUUCGUGGAACAGCUCGUCCGGAAGUUGCUGAUCAUCAUCUCCCGCCCGGCGCGGCUGCUGGAGUGCCUGGAGUUUGACCCGGAGGAGUUCUACCACCUCUUGGAGGCCGCGGAGGGACAGGCCAAAGUGGGGCAAGGCAUCAAGACCGACAUCCCACGCUACAUCAUCGGCCAGCUGGGGCUCGCCAAGGACCCCCUGAAGGAAAUGGUUCGGCUCGAUCAAGUGGACUCUGGCUCGCCUUCGGGGUUGGAGCAGCAGGAUGAGUCUUGUGCUCUAGUUUCUCGGAGGAAGCCCUGCGAGGCCGACUUCGAAACCAUCAAGCUCAUCAGCAAUGGGGCCUAUGGGGCGGUCUACCUGGUGCGGCACAAGGAGACCCGUCAGCGCUUUGCCAUCAAGAAGAUCAACAAGCAGAACCUGGUGCUGCGGAACCAGAUCCAGCAGGUCUUCGUGGAGCGGGACAUCCUCACCUUUGCCGAAAAUCCCUUUGUGGUCAGCAUGUUCUGCUCCUUUGAGACCCGGCGCCACCUCUGCAUGGUCAUGGAGUACGUGGAAGGUGGGGACUGUGCCACGCUGCUGAAGAACAUGGGCCCGCUGCCGGUGGACAUGGCCCGGAUGUAUUUUGCGGAGACGGUCCUGGCCCUGGAAUACCUCCACAACUACGGCAUCGUCCACCGGGACCUCAAGCCGGACAAUUUGCUGAUCACCUCUAUGGGCCACAUCAAGCUGACCGACUUCGGCCUCUCCAAGAUCGGUUUGAUGAACCUGACCACCAACCUCUACGAGGGACACAUCGAGAAAGACACUCGGGAGUUUGUGGAUAAGCAGGUCUGUGGGACGCCUGAAUACAUUGCUCCCGAGGUGAUCCUGAUCCAGGGCUACGGCAAGCCGGUGGACUGGUGGGCGAUGGGCAUUAUCCUCUACGAGUUCCUGGUGGGAUGCGUCCCCUUCUUUGGCGACACGCCGGAGGAGCUCUUUGGGCAGGUCAUCAGCGAUGAAAUCAUUUGGCCCGAGGGGGACGAAUCCCUCCCACCGGACGCCCAGGACUUGAUCAUGCAGCUCCUCCGCCAUUGCCCCCUGGAGCGCUUGGGCACAGGAGGGGCCCACGAGGUCAAGCAGCACCCCUUCUUCCGCAACCUGGACUGGACCGGACUCCUGCGGCAAAAGGCCGAGUUCAUCCCGCAGCUGGAGGCUGAAGACGACACCAGCUAUUUUGACACCCGUUCGGAUCGCUACCGCCACCUGGGCUCCGAGGACGAGGAGACCAACGACGAGGAGUCUUGCGUGGAGAUCCGGCACUUCUCCUCUUGCUCUCACCGCUUCAGCAAGGUGUACAGCAGCUCCGAAUUCCUGGCCAAUCCCCCGGCGCUCAACAUCUCCUCCUCCUCCUCGGGGGAUCAGGGCCGGGCGGACGACAAGGAAGACCAGGCCGAGCGAUGGGAUCGCGGCUCCGGAGACGAGGAGAAGAGCCGCCACUCGGCCACCGAGACCAGGCUCCGCGCCUGGACCUCCUGCGGCUCGACCGUCCACGCCUUCCGCCAGGAGUGCGCCCACCGGGGUCCCGGGCCCCUCAGCGCCACCUGCAGCCUGGAGGCCAUGCCCAGGUUUGCCUUCUCCUCCGAGGACGAGAGCCCUUCCCGGGCCCCGGCCAAGCGGGAGCGCCCCGUCUUCGUGGUGGGGGACCCCGAGGGCCCCCCGCUUUCCUUGAAGGGCCCCGGAAAGCCUUCAGCACUGGCAGCCGACCUCGUCAGCCUAAACCGGGUCCGCCUCCGGAGCAACAGCACCGGUGCCAAGCACUCCACCCCGAGGGCCUCAGAGGGUGAAAGCGGGAGGCGGGCGGUGGCCUCCAAGGAGAGCCCCGCGAAGCAUCAGCACCAGCAGCGCCUGGCCUCGGGCGGGAGGGUGCCUAAGUCGGCCUCCGUCUCGGCCCUUUCGCUCAUCAUCAGCACAGACGACUUCGGCGGGGGCGCCCUGGUGAGCCCCAUCUCCCCCCGCUCGCUCUCCUCCAACCCUUCCUCCCGGGACUCCUCCCCGAGCCGGGACCCUUUGUUGGGGGGCGCUGGCUCGCGGCCCCCCAUCGUCAUCCACAGCCAAGGCAAGAAGUACGGCUUCACCCUCCGCGCCAUCCGCGUCUACAUGGGCGACAGCGACAUCUAUGCCGUCCACCACAUGGUUUGGAGCGUGGAAGAGGGCAGCCCAGCCCAGGAAGCCGGCCUGCGAGCCGGAGACCUCAUCACACACGUGAACGGGGAGUCGGUGCUGGGCCUGGUGCACAUGGACGUGGUGGAGCUUCUGCUGAAGAGCGGGAACAAAGUGGCGCUGAGGACCACCGCCCUGGAAAACACCAGCAUCAAAGUGGGUCCAGCCCGGAAGAACAGCUCCAAGACCCGGAUGGCCCGGCGGAGCAAGAAGGGCCGGAAACGAGACGGCCAGGACAGGAGGAAGUCUCUCUUCCGGAAGAUCUCCCGGCAGCCCUCCUCCUCCUCCUCCGCCGCUGCCGCCGCCUCCGCCUCGGUGCUCCACACCAGCCGCAGCUACUCCUCGGGGCUCCACCACUCCCUCUCCUCCGGCGAGAGCCUCCCGGGAUCCCCCACCCACAGCCUCUCGCCCGGGCCCACACCCCCCUGCCGAAGCCCCGCCCCAGAUGCCCACCCAGAUGCGUCCUCCUCGCCGCAGAGCACCUCCCCGGUGUCCAGCACCCCGAGCUCCCCGGCCGGCCACAUCCGGCCCAGCUCCCUCCACGGCCUGGGGCCCAAGCUGAGCGGCCAGCGCUACAAGGUGGGCCGCCGCAAGUCCACCAGCAGCAUCCCCCCCUCCCCGCUGGCCUGCACCCCCUCUUCUUCCUCCUCCGUGGCCCCUCAUCCCCCCUCCCCACAACGUUCCCCGUCCCCGCUACCCUUCCCCAAAGCCCCCCCGACCUUCCAGGGCAAGACCCUCUCGCCGCCCGUCGUUGUCCGCCAAGCCGCCCGGCCCCGCUCAGCCGAGGGAUCCCGCUCCCCGCUCCUCAAGAGGGUCCAAUCGGCGGAGAAGAUCCCUGCAGUCCGGAAGACGACCCACGCGCCCGGGGACGAAGACGCAGUCGAAAGCCCCGAGGGGGGAUCCCGCCUCCGGGACUGGUCCGGCGGAGGCUUCGGGGCUGACCACCAGGAGGUGGUGGUCAUGCGGCGGCUGAACCUCUCGGAGCGCCGGGACUCCUUCAAGAAGCAGGAGGCCGUCCAGGAGGUCAGCUUUGACGAGCCCGAGGCGGCCGGAGGGGAGCCCCCCGCCGAGAAGCGGACCCCGACCCGACGUCCGGGCCUCCACGCGGCUCCCUGGGUGGCGGAGCGGCCUGGCCACACACCUGUGCCCCACAUCGCGGUCCAAGGGGCCGAUCCUCCGGCGUCGGCGGCACCGUGGGAUUGCCAAGCAGAUCCUCCGGCAUCGUCGGCAUCGUGGGAAUGCCAGGCGUCCUACCCGCUCCGGCUGGAAGCUCGGGUCUAUAUUGAGCAAGCCGACGGGAGCACGGCGGUGGAGUACACCAGUGUCUCCUCCUCCCAGCGCCGGGAGUCUCUGCCGGAACCUCAAGUUGACCCCCGGAUCGGUCAUAAGGAGGAGGAGCCACCGGCGGACGAUUCGGAACCGUUGCCCUAGAUAAGAGGGUCCCCCCUUUCCCGUUCCCCCCUUUCACGUUCCCCCGGCCAGUUCUGACCCGUGCUCCCAUUAUCCCUCCCUCGGCCGCCAUUUUCCCCCUUGUUUACCCCACAGGGAAGGAAAUUAUGGAUCUGACACAUUCCUUUUGACUGGACAUUUCCCUUUAUUACCCGACCAAGAAGGAAAGAAGGGUCUGCUGCAUUUCCCGUAACCGGACCUUUAUCCUUUACUACCCAACGAGGAAAUAAACUCUGUCCUGGACCUUUCCCAUUAUUUACCUUCCAAAGAACGAGACUCUCGACUGGACCUUUCCUGUUAUAUUUGCCCCACGUUAUAUUUACCCCAUGCAUUUCUCUCAACUGGACCUUUUCUCGUUAUUUACCUUUUUUUUUUAAUCGGGUCAGAAGUGACUUGAGAACAUACAGCAAGUUGUUUCUGGUGUGGGAGAAUUGGCCAUCUAGAGAGACGUUGCCCAGGGUGUGUUGUUGUCCUUCUUGGAGGCUUCUCUCAUGUCCUCGCAAGCUAGAGCUGACAGAUGGGAGCUCACCCGACUUGAAAACAUACUUCUGGUGUGGGAGAUUUGGCCAUCUACAGAGACGUUGCCCAAGGGACAUUACCAUCCCUCUGGGAGGGAGGUUUCCCUCAUGUCCCCGUAAGCUAGAGCUGACAGACGGGAGCUCACCCAACUUGAGAACAUACUGCAAGUGGCUUCUGGUGUGGGAGAAUUGGCCGUCUACAGAGACGUUGCCCAGGGGACAUUACCAUCCUGCUGGGAGGGAGGUUUCCCUCAUGUCCCCGUAAGCUAGAGCUGACAGACGGGAGCUCACCCGACUUGAGAACAUACUGCAAGUGGCUCCUGGUGUGGGAGAAUUGGCCGUCUAGAGAGACGUUGCCCAGGGAACAUUCCCCGGAUGUGUUGGAGGCUUCUCUCAUGUCCCCGCAAGCUAGAGCUGACAGACGGGAGCUCACCCGACUUGAGAACAUACUGCAAGUGGCUUCAGGUGUGGGAGAAUUGGCCGUCUAGAGAGACGUUGCCCAGGGAACAUUCCCCGGAUGUGUUGGAGGCUUCUCUCAUGUCCCCGCAAGCUAGAGCUGACAGACGGGAGCUCACCCGACUUGAGAACAUACUGCAAGUGGCUUCAGGUGUGGGAGAAUUGGCCGUCUAGAGAGACGUUGCCCAGGGAACAUUCCCCGGAUGUGUUGGAGGCUUCUCUCAUGUCCCCGCAAGCUAGAGCUGACAGACGGGAGCUCACCCGACUUGAGAACAUACUGCAAGUGGCUUCAGGUGUGGGAGAAUUGGCCGUCUAGAGAGACGUUGCCCAGGGAACAUUCCCCGGAUGUGUUGGAGGCUUCUCUCAUGUCCCCGCAAGCUAGAGCUGACAGACGGGAGCUCACCCAACUUGAGAACAUACUGCAAGUGGCUUCUGGUGUGGGAGAAUUGGCCGUCUAGAGAGACGUUGCCCAGGGAACAUUCCCCGGAUGUGUUGGAGGCUUCUCUCAUGUCCCCGCAAGCUAGAGCUGACAGACGGGAGCUCACCCGACUUGAGAACAUACUGCAAGUGGCUUCAGGUGUGGGAGAAUUGGCCGUCUAGAGAGACGUUGCCCAGGGAACAUUCCCCGGAUGUGUUGGAGGCUUCUCUCAUGUCCCCGCAAGCUAGAGCUGACAGACGGGAGCUCACCCGACUUGAGAACAUACUGCAAGUGGCUUCAGGUGUGGGAGAAUUGGCCGUCUAGAGAGACGUUGCCCAGGGAACAUUCCCCGGAUGUGUUGGAGGCUUCUCUCAUGUCCCCGCAAGCUAGAGCUGACAGACGGGAGCUCACCCGACUUGAGAACAUACUGCAAGUGGCUUCAGGUGUGGGAGAAUUGGCCGUCUAGAGAGACGUUGCCCAGGGAACAUUCCCCGGAUGUGUUGGAGGCUUCUCUCAUGUCCCCGCAAGCUAGAGCUGACAGACGGGAGCUCACCCGACUUGAGAACAUACUGCAAGUGGCUUCAGGUGUGGGAGAAUUGGCCGUCUAGAGAGACGUUGCCCAGGGAACAUUCCCCGGAUGUGUUGGAGGCUUCUCUCAUGUCCCCGCAAGCUAGAGCUGACAGACGGGAGCUCACCCGACUUGAGAACAUACUGCAAGUGGCUUCAGGUGUGGGAGAAUUGGCCGUCUAGAGAGACGUUGCCCAGGGGACAUUCCCCGGAUGUGUUGGAGGCUUCUCUCAUGUCCCCGCAAGCUAGAGCUGACAGACGGGAGCUCACCCGACUUGAGAACAUACUGCAAGUGGCUUCUGGUGUGGGAGAAUUGGCCGUCUAGAGAGACGUUGCCCAGGGGACAUUCCCCGGAUGUGUUGGAGGCUUCUCUCAUGUCCCCGCAAGCUAGAGCUGACAGACGGGAGCUCACCCGACUUGAGAACAUACUGCAAGUGGCUUCAGGUGUGGGAGAAUUGGCCGUCUAGAGAGACGUUGCCCAGGGAACAUUCCCCGGAUGUGUUGGAGGCUUCUCUCAUGUCCCCGCAAGCUAGAGCUGACAGACGGGAGCUCACCCGACUUGAGAACAUACUGCAAGUGGCUUCAGGUGUGGGAGAAUUGGCCGUCUAGAGAGACGUUGCCCAGGGAACAUUCCCCGGAUGUGUUGGAGGCUUCUCUCAUGUCCCCGCAAGCUGGAGCUGAUAGACGGGAGCUCACCCGACUUGAGAACAUACUGCAAGUGGCUUCAGGUGUGGGAGAAUUGGCCGUCUAGAGAGACGUUGCCCAGGGAACAUUCCCCGGAUGUGUUGGAGGCUUCUCUCAUGUCCCCGCAAGCUAGAGCUGACAGACGGGAGCUCACCCGACUUGAGAACAUACUGCAAGUGGCUCCUGGUGUGGGAGAAUUGGCCGUCUAGAGAGACGUUGCCCAGGGAACAUCGCCCAGAUGUGUUGCCAUCCAUCUGGGAGGCUUCUGUCAUGUCCACGCAAGCUAGAGCUGACAGACGGGAGCUCACCCCAUCUCGCAGAUCCGAACUGGCAACCCUACAAAGAAGGAGAUUGAGGCCCCUUCUAUUUUCUUGCAGAUAAUCCAGAUGCAUCAAAGCAGCUCAUCCACAUUAUGAUCUGAACUGGAUUCUAUGAGUCUACACUGCCCAUAUAAUCCAGUUCAAAGUAGGAUUUUUUUAUGGCGGUGUAGACAGGGGUUAUGGGUCCCUCCACUGGAUCUUUCCCCCUUUAUUAUUAAUCUACGAAGAUGGAAAUACCCGCUUCUCGUUUCCUAAAAUUCAGCCCUGCAGCCUUGUAUUAUUUUUAAUAAUUUCCUUUUUUUGAAGGACCAAAAAAAUGCUCCAUCUAUAUAUAUAAAAGGGUAAUGAAAUAUCGGCCUAGGACAAAACAACAAAACUACACAUCCGAGAAACACUAAACUUGGCAGCACAACCCCUCAUCCAGGCCUCUAGGUUCAUACAACAAAAAGAAAAGAAAAAUAAAGUCCUCAUUAGAGGGAGAGGAAGAAUUGUUUUUAUCCAAUUGCUGCCAGUUAGAAGGCUAAGCUCCGCCCACUUGGUCUCCUAGCAACCCACUCAGCCCAGGGGACAGGCAGAGUUAGGCCUCACUUAGGCCUCUUCCACACUUAGGCAGAGUUAGGCCUCACUUAGGCCUCUUCCACACUUAGGCAGAGUUAGGCCUCACUUAGGCCUCUUCCACACUUAGGCAGAGUUAGGCCUCACUUAGGCCUCUUCCACACUUAGGCAGAGUUAGGCCUCACUUAGGCCUCUUCCACACUUAGGCAGAGUUAGGCCUCACUUAGGCCUCUUCCACACUUAGGCAGAGUUAGGCCUCACUUAGGCCUCUUCCACACUUAGGCAGAGUUAGGCCUCACUUAGGCCUCUUCCACACUGCCUAUAAAAUACAGAUUGUCUGAUUUGAACUGGAUUAUAUGGCAGUGUAGACUCAAGGCCCUUCCACACAGCUAUAUAACCCAUUUAUAAUGGACUUAAUGUAGGGUAAAAUAAUAAUAAUAAUCAUCAUCAUCAUCAUCUUCAGAAAACUUGUUCCUUGUUGGCAGAAAUGUAUCCAAUUGUCUGGUGACGAUGUGGGAAAGUAACUCGUGGUCGUUAAAGAGCACAUCCUAAGGAUUAAUUCUGCGUUCGAUUUAUUAAAAUAUCCCAAACCCAAGUGACGAAGGCGGAGGCAUUACUUUUCAUUCAACCCUCGCAACAAUGAUGAUAUUUUUUCCAAAGGUUCAGAUGCUUGACGCCUUCUGUGUCCGGACUGUAGCUUUUGUACCACGUUGAUCCUUACCGUUGUUGAUGUUUGAACAUAUUUCGAUGCCAGAAAAAAGGGGGUAAUUAAUUAUAAUUACAAUUACACUAUGUCAAAAAAAAAUAAUUUUUUUUGCAAAAUUUUA